GCCCAAGUGCCAGAGGCCAAAGCCCAGUCCCCGCACGGCCCGUACGCCAUACAGACACAGCUGACAGCCCCCAGCCCCGCGAGGCCCAUCCCACUCCCAACCCAGGCCAGCCCAGUCCCACUGAUUCUCAAAUCGCUAGACUCCGCUCUAGCCCUAUUCCGGCACGAAACCCUUCUUCUUCAACGCACGAAACCCUUCAUCUUCCACACUUCGAACCAGCAUGAGCCCUUCGCCGCUUCACGAGUUCGUCAGGGGCUUACCCUUCGAACCAGUAGCAGGAGCUUCGUGAGUUGGUCUUCCACACUGCGAACCAGCAGGAGCCCUUCGCGAGUUCGUCGGGAGCUUCGUGAGUUCGUCGUGGACAUUUCGAACCAAAAGGAGCUCUUCGCAAGCUCGUCUUCAAACCUUCGUUGCUUCAUCUGCUGCGAAGUUUGAACUCGUUUCUCAAUUCUUAAUUGCUGUAUCUGGUGCCUUCAGCUGAUCAGCUGGAAAAAAAAAACCUUGGUCUUAAGGGAUGGCUGCAAAAAUUCUUGCCAACUUGAUUGUAAUGGGUUCCGCAGUACUAGGAAGGGCUUUUAUCCAAGCAUACCGCCAGGCACUUCAAAAUGCCUCAAAAUCGGGGGUUGCUCAGGAAACCGUACAGAACAUAAGAAGAGCAAGCAAAACCAUGGCUGAAGCAGAGGCGAGACAGAUCCUGGGUGUUACAGAACAUACAUCAUGGGAGGAAAUCAUGCAGAAGUAUGAUAACCUGUUUGAGAGUAAUGCUAAGAGUGGGAGCUUUUACCUCCAAUCAAAGGUUCAUAGGGCUAAAGAAUGCUUAGAAGCAGUCCAUCAAAAGAAAGCUCAGUCUACAGAUACUUAACGUUGAGAAGUUGCUGUGGUUUGCGUUCAUCACAAUUUCCAUGUCAUUCGAAGUUGCGUUUACCAGUUCUGCAAGAUAUAUUUGUAUGUUUAGUGGGUUGCUCAAUUUUGUCAUAGGUUUUACGAGAAAGAGAUUGGUGAUAGGAACAUUUUGCUGUCUUCAUUUAUGUAUUUUAUUUAAUGGAGGUAAUCUGCCUCAGAUAUCUGACUUCUGUGAUGAGGAACACAUGGGGAAAGUAGAAAAUCUUGUCUAAUUUUUCAAAUCAUUUGUAUGCAAAAUUUAAAAUGCAUUUGCACCUUAUAUUGUAAUUAUAUCACAUCCAUGAUUAUAUGAAUGAAUGUUUGUAGAGAAAA